AUGGCGUCUUUUUGGGAAUUGGUACGGGAUUGGGCAGAAUCCCUUCAUAUUCCUAAUUUUCUGCAAAGCUUUAGUGGCGGUGUGCGCACCACCUUUGUUCCUCUCUUUGCACGACAGCUGGGAUCAACGGACAGCCAACUGGGGUUCAUAAUUGGUUCUGCAGGAAUUGUCAAGGUUGUCUUUGAUAUGUUCUUUGCAUUUGCCACUUCAGUCUAUGGGACUCGUCUCAUGAUGGUCGCCGGCAUGCUUCUAAAUGCUCUUGGUGGUCUUGUUGCUACGAUGGCAUGGUCCCCCUUUGUGCUUGCCCUCGCGUCUAUGCUUUGGGGUGCUGGCGUGGGCUUAUUUUUUGUGGCUCGGCAUGUCUUUAUUGCAAAAGCAGUUCCUCGUAACAUUUGUGGCCGUCUUAUGUCUGUUGUUGGUGGCAUUGCACGCUGGUGUUCCGUCUUGGGGCCUGGUGUUGCCGGAGUACUGACGGAUAUCUGUGAUAUUCGCGUAACCGCCUUCUCUAUUGUGCCAAUGAGCCUUGGAUGCGCCUACAUGAUGGCAACAAAUAAGAGGAUACGUGAGGUGGAUGAAGGGAUUCGUGAAGAAAAGGGUACACACAGCAUUUCGAAGGAGUUUCAUGACAUGAUGCAUGUGUUGCGAAAUUACUGGGAAAUCAUUGUACGUGUUGGCUUUUAUUCAUUGAUUAUUAUCUGCUUGCGCCAGUGUAGAGGGAUGUUAUUGGUAAUUGCGGCAAUGAAUAUGGGGCUUUCAUCUUCUAUGGUGGGUCUGGUCUUGGUAUCAUCAUAUUCAGUAGAUGCCACUUUUUUUUUCUUGGGAGG